UCGUCGAUUGACGUUAGCUCGCCAAACAGGGAAGUGUCGUCUCAUCUCGUGUUCUCCUCGCGCCCGUCGUCGGCUCGUCGAUCCUCGAGUUCAUCUCUCGGUGCGACCCUGUUUCUCUCUCGACCCGGUGGUGCAUCGGAAGACCGGUCGUCGUUGGGAUGUCGCGAGGUGUCUUGUCGCGCGGCCUCCGACCACGACGGCGGCGAUCGUGAAGAGGAUCGCCGUCUCGUUCGCGGAAUCGAGAGAAGAUAGAAAGAGAAAGAGAGAGGGAGAGAGAAAGUUAAGGAGUCGAUGCGUACGAGUGCGUGUGACGACGAGACGACGCGUUGGGUGCCUGGCUGGUGUGUGUGAGUGAGAGCGAGUGUCGAGUGAGUAAGUGAGCGGCGCCGCCGUACGUGCACGAGUGUCGCGUGUGCGUCACGGCGUAGCGGUGCCUCUUGGCUUGUCAGUGCGGAAUCAACAAGUGGCGUAGCGUCGUCGUCGCUCGCGGCUGAUUCUAACCUCGCGGGUGACUCCUGUUCGCGCGCGCGCAGUUCGCGUGGUCGCGCGCGCCUGUACGCGUGCUCGCUCGCUGCCCGACGCAGCGCAUCUCCGGUGAUUGAUGUGAUCUCGUUGCAUCGGCCGCCGCUGCAUAACGCGUGCCCUUGGAUAUUACGUCGGCGAUCCGGUGGCUGCGUCCGUCGAAUAUCCCAAGAUGGAAGUCGUCUACAUAGAUGAGCGCGAGGACGUGCAGAAGAAGACGUUCGCCAAGUGGAUAAAUUCGCAGUUACUCAAGAAUCAUCAUGAUCCGAUCACCGAUCUGUUCGUCGACCUACGAGAUGGCAAUCGCCUGCUGUCCCUCUUGGAAGUGCUCACCUCGAAGACUUAUAAAAGGGAGCGCGGUCGGAUGCGAGUGCAUCAUCUUAAUAACGUUAACAAAGCGUUGCAAAUCCUCGAGCAGAAUAACGUAAAACUUGUCAAUAUUAGUAGCAACGAUAUCGUCGACGGCAAUCCAAAAUUAACUCUCGGUCUGGUGUGGAGUAUUAUUCUACAUUGGCAAGUGCAUUAUCAUCUGAAAGAUUUGAUGACAGAGUUACAACAGACCAACCUAGAAAAGACGCUUCUUGCUUGGUGCCGUCAAAAUUCACAGAAUUAUCCUGGCGUCGACAUCAAAAAUUUUACCACAUCUUGGUCGGAUGGAUUAGCAUUUAACGCGAUCUUGCACAAAUGGAGGCCUCAUCUGUUUGACUUUAAUAAUAUCGCGCGUAAACAUCCAAAUGCCAGGUUGGAUCAUGCCUUUCGGCUUGCGCAGGAACACCUCAAUAUCGAGCGUCUAUUGGAUCCCGAAGAUGUUAAUACUUCAGUGCCAGAUAAAAAGUCCAUCAUGAUGUACGUUAUGUGUCUCUUCCAAUCGUUACCGCAUUCCGGAGAUGACAUCGGUGAACUAGAUCUUUCAAUCGCAAGUGACAGUACCAGUCCUGUCACAACACCGGGAACAGAGACCACCCUGUCCUUUGGCAAUUUUGGAAUGCCAGCCUCCCGGCCGAUGAGCUUAGCCACAAAUGUUUCCGUUGAGCUUGGCGGUUAUCAGGUCGCCCUCGAAGACGUUCUAACGUGGCUUUUGGAAGCGGAGGAUAAAUUGAACCACGCCCCUGAACCGGGCUCGACUCUGGACAUACUGAAACAACAGUUCCACGAGCAUGAAAUCUUCUUGAUGGAGCUGUCCGGUCAUCAGGACGGUGUGGGAACUGUUCUCGAGGAAGGUGCUAGAUUGUUGGCGGAAGGCGGAUUGCAUAAAGAUGAGGAGCAUGAAGUUCGCGUGCAAAUGUCGUUGCUGAAUUCUCGAUGGGAGGGUCUACGAAUGCGCGCCAUGGAGAGGCAAACCAGUAUCCAUGAGGUCCUGAUGCAAAUGCAACAGGCUCAGUUGGACGCGCUGCGACAGUGGCUGACAAAAACGGAAGAUCGUAUCUCUCUGAUGGCGGCGGCGGAAUUAAAUCCGUCUGCUCUCGACGAGCAAAUGAAACACCUAAGUGAAUUGGAGCAAGAUAUUCAGGCGCAGCAGGAUAUGGUCGAUGGCAUGAGGAAUAUGGUGGUGGUGGUGGAUGAAGAAAAUUCCGAGGCGGUUUACGCUCAGAUAGAAGAUCAAUUGUCCGCCCUCGGCGAACGUUGGAGUCACAUCUGUCAGUGGAAAGAGGAACGGCGCCAGCGGUUAGAGUCCAUUUCUACGCUUUGGCACAGCGUCACCGACGACUACAAGAAGCUAGUGGCGUGGUUGAACGAGACGGAAAUUACGCUGAAGCAAAUGGAGGCUAAUCCGGCGACUGAAAUCGGCGAAGUGCUCGACCGUAUAAAGAGGCUGCAGGUUUUGAAGGCGGAAAUGGAUAUGAAUGAGAAGAAAUUAACGUCUCUCCAAGAGUCAAUUCAGGAUUUGGAUGGCCACGGCUCGUCGCCGCAGUGUAUGAAUAUCUUGGAGAAGAUUGAGAAUCUGCAGGACCGAUGGGAAGCUGUAGGACAAAUCAUGGAGGUCCAAACUCAAAGGAUAACGAAUUCCGGAUUCGAGUUUGACCUAAUGUCCGAAGAUAGCACGACAACUGUAAAAGGAAAUGAGUGGAUGUCCGAGACGGUAACAAGUAUAGCAUACAAGGAAGAGAUUGCUGCAACAUCAACACCACAUAGCGAUUCGAAGAAGAGGCGAGUCGACAGUACCACUAAACACGAGUUUGAAUCAGCAUUGCUUCAUCUGUAUAAAUGGCUAGAUUACGUCGACCUGGAAAUUGGUCGCUCGGAGGGGGUGUUCGACGAGUUAAGCGUGGAAGAGAAGAAAGUCGUUUACGAGGAUACUCUCGCAGAUAUGGAGUCGCACAAGAACGAGUACGAGAAAGUUCUUGAAAUCGGUCAGCAACUUAUGGAAGAGUUGAGAAAUGCAAAUGAAUCCACUGAAGAUGAAGAGUCCAAGAUCAAAAACAUACAAAAUUGUUGGAUGGCGACGAAUGCUCGUCUCCAGGAUAUAAAAAAGCGCAUCGAUUAUUUGGAAGAAGUGAAGAAAUUCCGCACCGAACUGGCCAGUCUCAAUUUAAUGUUGGAAAGUUACACCAAGUGGUUCGAUACGAACAAAGGGAACAAUCAAAUUGAACCGUUCAGGGUUAAAAUGAAAUCAAUGAAGUCUCACGACGAGCGCAUAAGAAAGAUGCUUGAGAAAGCUAACGAAUUGUCGCUGAACCAAGUGGCAAGUACCGAGAGCAGUGACAUCGAUUCUGAUAUAAAUAUAUUUUCCAUUAAUUGGGAUAAACUCUACACGAUGUUGUCGGAGCGAUUAACCGAAGUAAACAACGCCAUCGAUCGAACACCGCCUAAGAGAUAUACCGAGGCGGUUUCUAAUCUGACAUUGUUCAUUAAUAACGUGGAAGGUGUCCUAUUGUCGGAGCAUGUGAUCGUCUCUGAUGAGAAGGCUAUGGUGGAGCAAAUGAAAAGAUUCAGAGAUAUACAAAACUCUUUGAAGGAACAGGAGGAGACUUUCAGAUACGUUAAUUCCACUGGGCAAGAUCUGAUUGCGAAGAUGAACGACGACUCCACGGCGCAACGGUUCAAAGAUGAAUUGCAGGAUCUCAACACCAAGUGGAGUGAUAUACCUGUUAUUUUGGAAGAGAAACAACAGAACCUUGUGAAAGAUAUUACAAUUAUACAAGCCUUCAAUAGCGAACUCUUCGCGUUGGAAUCUUGGUUGAAACAAUCGUCAAUAUUUCUGGAGGAUUUGUCGAAAGACAACGUCACAGAUAAUGUCGAGCGGACGGAACGUAAAUUAGAGCAGAUUCGCUCUUUCUCUCGGGAGAUGGACAAAACGAAGCCGCAGAUAGAAGCACUUCGAACGUCGGCGAAUAGGAUAUUCGAGAAGUGUGAAGCUAAUUUUGCAAAUUUGUUGAGCAACAAAUUGGAGGCUGCUGCCUAUAAAUGGGCCGCUCUUGUUGACGAGGCCAAUAGUCUCGGCGACAAGUUCGAGAGCGCUUUGAAGAAGAAUGAUGAUAUUAUAAAUGGUAUAGAAGAUUUCACAAAGUGGCUGUCGAGCCUGGAGAAGGAUAUACCGAUGGAAUCGAGGAUUACAUCCUCGGUCGAGCUUUUCCAAGUUCGCGGUCGGUAUCAAGCGCUGAAGGACAAAGUUGACAAACGAGUGGAAGAGUUUCGAAAUCUCAACGAAAUGGGAAAUGACAAACUGUUAAGUUCGGAGGGGUCGUCUGUGCAGGAACUCGGCAGACGGUUCACCUUCCUGAAUGCGCGAUGGACCGACGUUACGGAUCGUAUAUACGAGCGCUACAGACACUUGCAGAAUGCCAGUCAUGAGUACGGAGAAUUCCGAGCUCUGGUUGCACAGGAAAGCGACUGGUUGGACAAGUUGGACAAAAGAUUGAAGAAAUCGCCUAAAACUGCGGCAGACGCGGAAGAAAUCUCAGAAGAACUCGAUGACUUGGAAAAUUACAUACGAAAUCACCCGGAAUCCAGGCUCGAGAAGAUUCAAGAAAUUGGCAGGCAACUCAUCGACAGCAAUAUCAUGACUCAUUCCAUCGAAACGGACGUGGAGGGAUUGACGAAUCGAUGGGAGAACUUGAACAAACAGGCAGGGCAACGGGCCAAGCUGUUGGAAGGAUCCGUGAAGCAAGCCCAGCAAUCGGAAGGGCGCAUCCUUGCUCUUCAGCACUCCUUAACACAAAUAGACACUGUACUAACAGCACGUCUUGAUUACGACCUCACUGCUGAUGACUUGCCUCACGAUUAUCAGAAAUUAAUGGAGGAGAUGGAACAGCAGCGCGUCACGCUCGAGGAAAUAGCAUUGCAAAUUAAGUCGUACAAAGCCUCCGGUAAACAAGAAGCGGCGCUUCGACUGCAGGAACAGAUGUCCCUUAUCGAACAGAAGUAUGCCAAGGUUCAAAAGAAGUUUCAACGUUUCCGAUGUACACCCAAUAUAGAGCCCAGAUUAUCGAGAGCUCUACGAGAACUCAGGGGGAUAGAGGAAGCGACUUGUUUGCUGGAACUCUCGUCAGAAGAUCCCGAAGCCAUCGAGGGUCAAUUGAAACAUUGCUUGCGCUUUUACCAGACACUGAGCGAGAUUAAGGGCGAGAUCGAAUGUAUAAUUGUGACUGGGAGGAAAUUAGUCGAGGAGAAAACCGUCCUCGAGCCUGAUAAACUUUCCAAGCAAAUCGAUAUGUUAAAGGAGUUGUAUAAUAAGCUUGGUCUUCACAUAACGGAAUCGAAAUCCAUAUUAGAAUCGGCUCUAGAGUUGUCACGUGACAUGCAUAAAAAUAUGACGUAUAUUAACAUGUCAGUCGAAAGCAUAAAUAAGGAACUGGAUACGCAGAAGAGCAUGCCUGAUCUACCGGUGAACGCGAUAUAUGUGCGAGAAACUUUGACCGAAGUAAUCCCGCGAUUAAACGUCAUAAGAGAUAAAUUGCUUAGGUCGCAGGAUGAAUUUUCCAAGUUUUGCGAUCCCAUGUGCCUCGAACAACUUAAGGAAAAAAUGUCGGAUGUGAUCGCGAGAUUGGCGAAUACAGAAAAGAGAUUGCGACUCUGUAAAGGUUCAGAGGAUGAGCCUAAUGUCGACGAAAUAAACGCCUGGCUCCUGCAAGUUGAAGAGAAGUUAAACAAGUUAGACGCGGUUCCGAUCGACCAACUUACGGAGCGUCAUUUUGAACAAUGCAAGGCUGUGCAGAGUGAAAUGAUCGAGGCGAAGCCCAAAGUCAACCAACUUCAACGUUACGCAUUUUACCCCAAGGUAGCAGAGAUAUGUGAGAAAUGGGAGGAUAUCUCCAACAGAAUACAGGAAUGGAUCCACAAGAUCACAGACAGUUUGUUAGUAAGAGCUAAAGCGGGAGGUACUAAGGGGAGAGACAAUCAUAGGCGGAACAGAUCGCCCGCCGGCAAACAGCCGGAGCAAAGCUCGGCGCACCUCGCCAGAAAAGAAAAGCAAUUGAUAGACGAGAACGAGGCGAUUUACGGGAUAGGCUACCUUAACCCCGCGUUCGACGAUAACCACGCCGUCAUUAGCACGCCCGAGAGCUCGCCGAUCGACGUGCCGCACCGCAGCAGGAAGUCCUCCGCGAAGUCGGAGAGAGUCAAGGCCCGGCUCGUGGACGUCAGCAGGACCGUUCGGCGCAAGCUGGACAUGAGCUCGGUGCCCGACGUCGUGCAGACCUCUCAGCCGCAGGUCGUCGUAGACGAUGACUUGCCGUCACCGGCCUCCGACAACGUCGACGAGGACGAGUUCUUCCUCUCGAAGAACAGUAAACUCUUCUCCCAAGUGUCCAGCAACACCCUGACCGCGACGGAGACCGAGACGUUCGCCUGCGCCCAGCAGAAUCCGUUCCGCGUCGUGGAGGUGAAGGAAAUGGAGAUCGUCAAGUCGAUCGCCUCUCCCGAGGAUCACGUGUACCUGCCGAGCGCCAACGUCAGCGUCGGCCUGGUGCCGCAGGUGGUCGAGAGGGUGGAGAUCGUCGAAGACACGGAGACGGAGCCCGAGUCCAUAGACACCGACACGGAGGAUAAGGAGGGUAAGGGGAAGGUAGUCGCCAGUGGUAGUCUCGCGGAGCAGAUAGUCAGCAAGAAGAAGGAGCUGGUGCCGAUCCUGAAGAAGAAGACGUCUCCCGCGAGGAACGUCAAGAGACUCGUCUUGAAACUGGAUUCAGACGCCGACCAGGAGGACGGUUCGACGGAAGCCGAUGCGUCGAACAGGACGAAGCCGAGGAGCACCGUCUCCGUGUGGAAAGAUACGGAGAGCGUCGCGGAGUACCUCAUAUUAGACGAUAACGAAGGACUCGGGAAGUCUCGGGACUCGAGAAGUCGUUGUACGCGAGAAAUGAGACUGAAGGGCAAAGUCACGUCCGAAAGGAGCACCGAGUACUCCAGGACGUACGAGAACGUGGGUGGCGCGAGUCGCAGCGACGACGAGAGACCCGGCAGGAAGACACCGAAACGCGCGAGGAGUCUGUCGAAGGACGACACGUUGGAAGACUGCGAGAGCUUCUACGGCAGCGACAAGGAGACGGACGACGUUCUGAUCUUCUCGGACGAUACGGAGAUCGAUGUCGGUAGUUCCAGCUCGGACGGGGAAGACCCGAAUUUAGGGGAGCAUGUUGAGCACCUCUUGGACAAGAUUAAAGUCGAGAAAACGCGGCCGUUCGCGCAGCACCGGGCGGAGGCGAAGGCGCUCUUCAAAGGCCCCCUAGGCACAUCUCGGACCGCUUUGGAGAAAAGCGUCUUCGAGUUUGAACAGGCGGCGCAAAUGAUGCUGUGCCGGAUGGACGUCAUGUUGAUGAGCAUCAGCGGUAUCUCCAAUGAGAAAGACCCGAGCAAGCGCCUCGAGAUACUCAAAAGUGAAGUUAGCAUUCUCGCACCGGACGCGGCGGCUUUGAUCAGUAAAGGGGACGGCUUGGUGAUGACGAUACACAUGACCGACCCCACGCGGGCCGAGAAAAUCAAGAACGAACAUCAGGACAAGCUGAGGAGCAAGUGGCAUCAGGUUAUGGCGGAGAUCGAAAUACGCAGGAAACAGGCGCAAAGGGCGGAGGACAUCUUACGGCAGUACAAUAACGUGGUCGCAGAAUUCGAGGAUUGGUUUAGGGACGUGCCGUUGAAACUCGAGCAAGCUAACAAUUACGAGGGACAAUUGGAGUCGUUCACCGAGGAAUUCGACGCGAAACAAGUGCAGAUACACAAGCUGAACGAGUUAGCCGUGGAAUUGAGAAAAUUAAACGUUGGCCACUCGGAAUCUGUGCGCUACAACAUCCAUAGCAACUGGCAGAAAGUCAGUUCGCAAUUCAAGAGAUUCAGCGGCAGCAAGGAUAAAGACAAGCACGUGACUGACAAGAAGGUGGAAUUGGAUGUCGGCGGCAUUAAUCCACAAGAAUUUAUAGCGCGGGUCAGCAAGUUGCGAGAAGCCACGUCGACCGUGUCGCGAUCCUUGAAUUCCUUACCAUUGAGCGGCAAGGACUACGAGUUAUUCGCGAACCAGGAGGAGUGUUUGAAGAAGAUCAGCAAUGCCUUGAAUAUUUUGAAGCCGAGCGUGGACGAGGUGAAUUACGUCUGCGAGAAUGUCACGCGGCAAGCGAAGCGGGAGCAGGCCGAGCAGAUCAAAUAUUUAAGCGAGAAACUGCAGGACGAGUGGACGAGCGUCAAUCAGAACUACGUGGAGCGGCACAAUCGGUGGAUCAAAUGCUGCGAGAAGUGGCGGGAGCUUCACAGCACGUGUCGGACUUUUUCGGAAUGGCUGGACAAGAUGGAGGACGCGGUGAAGAAGUUCGGCGUCUUCGGCCACUCCAAGACGAGCAAAACGAAGACUUUCGAGUUGGAGCAGGAAGUUUCCAGGAUGCAGAGAACGUUGAAUAAUGUGAACGCGGUGAGCGCGGAUAUAUCCAACCGUGCUUCUGCGGAGGAUGUGAAGGAAUUACAGAGCAUGAUUGAGAACAUCAGACACCGCUGGCAGAAUUUGCUGGACAAGGUGGACGCGCGGAAAGAAAGGAACUUCGCCAUGGAGAGAAAAGUGAGCAACGACAGCCGCGUUUUGGAAACUGCGUACAACAUCGUGGAGCAGGUGAACACUCUGCUGGUGUCCGCGGCGAAUCCGUCGGACGAGACCUCCCUGUCAAUCAGGCUGUCGUUAAUUAAGGCGAGAGAAGAGGAACUUUUGUCCCGGAAAAGGGGCUUGCAAGCCUUGCUAGUGAGUCAGCAUAACGUUUCCAGAGAAGAAGAUGAGAGCAACAAGCUUCUUUCGGAUAUGGACAAGGCCAAUGCCAAUCUUUCGAACCACCGCGAAUACGUGGAAUGCAAGCUCGCGUCGCUCAGAAAAUAUAUCUGCACCUUGGAUGCUGUCAUGGCGUGGGUUAUGGAGACGCGAACGCGACUCAGCAUCUCCCAGGAAUUGCCGCAGCACGAGCGCAACGAAACGAUUAGGAACAUCAUGUCCAAGGUCGAAGAUCGUGAGAUGGAGGUGAAAGACGUGUUGGAGAACUACACUAAUCUGGAAAAGGAGUGCGAGUCGGCGAAGCAACCGGUCUCCGUGGAACUACAGGAGAAGCUGAAGAAACUGAGGGAGGACUGGCAGUUGGUGAAGUAUUACGGUGAGAGCCAGGAGAUUUCACCCGCAUCGUCCGCUGGGGCUGCGGCGUUUCUGAAAGAAGUGGAAAGGAGUGUAGGCGCAACACCGGGGGCGGCGGCUACAGCUGCAGGGGGCUCUCGGGGGCUGUCACCCUCUCCCGCCCCCUCGUCACCGUCGACCCCCGUAGCGACUAGUCCCUCCGUCUCCUCGACGUCGUCUUCGCCUUCGCCCUCUUCUUCUUCAGCUUCCGCCCUCGUCGCGGGACUCGAUAAAUCAGUGCUUCAGAUACGUGACUGGCUCACGGUCGAGGAAGAGAUGCUGCGACAACAGGCCGUGGUCGUCGGCGACGUCGACGAGAUCAUGCAUCUUCUUGAUAAGCAGAAGAACGUCCUGCGGGAGUUGGAGCAGAAGAAACCGCAAUUGGACGAGCUGGUUCACACGGCCGAAAAUCUGCGCGCCGACACCAAUCGACAGCAGUUGCACGGCAAGGUUUCCGUGCUGUUUGACGACACGCGGUCACGAAGCAUCGCGCAUAUAAGGUGCAUACUGAAAGUCACCAAGCUGAGGGAGCACUGGGACGAGACAAAUUCAAAAGUCAUGCAAAGGAAGACGCAGCUGGACGCGAUGCUCGGGGACAGUCAGCGAUAUGAGGCCAAGAGAAACGAGGUGGAGGUCUGGCUGGCCCGGAUGGAAACCCGACUCGAGAGAAUGCGAGCCGUUGGACACACCGCCGACGUACUCGAGGCGCAGCUCAGGGAACAAAAGUCGUUCCACGCCGAGCUGCACCAGUACAAGCAUCACAUCGAACUUUUUAAUCAGCUCACUCAGAAGCUGAUAGCGGUUUAUCAGCAGGACGAUACCACGCGUGUGAAGAAAAUGACGGAGACGAUCAACCAGAGAUACAACAAUUUGAACACGAGCAUCAUCAAUCGGGGGAAACUGCUGCACUCCGCGAUGAACUCGCUCCACAACUUCGACCGGUCUCUGGACAAGUUCUUGGCCUGGCUGAGCGAAGCGGAGUCUUCGAUGGAGGGAUUGGAAGCGGAAGCCGAUCGACUCGGCGGACGACGGGAUCAGGGCGCGCUCAGACGACCGCAACAUCAGCUUAAGUCAACACCUCAGCUGCCGUUCAAGCUGGUCGGUAAAGGAGGUCUAAUGGUUGGCGCAUGCUGUAUGCAUUACGUAAACAGUGAGGGCGAGGCGAAGCUGAAGGAUACACGGAGAUGGGCGCAAGAAAAACAGUGGGGUAUGUACGAGAAAUAG